UCUCUUGAUAUAGCAAAAAAAGUGGUCGUGAAAUGAAAUACAGAAGUAGUUAAGUUCGUCGGAUUGUUAAUUUUGAAAUUUCAGAUAUGGGAAAUUCGCAUUCGCAGAGAGAGAAAAAGGAGAUGGAGAGAAUGGAGAUGGAGAGAAUGGAGAUGGAGAGAAUGGAGAUGGAGAGAAUGGAGAUGGAAAGAAUGCAGAUGGAGAGAGUAGAGAGGGAACUGACGUUGGAUCAAAUAGAGCGGGAGAGAUUGGAAGAGGAAUGGAUAGAGAGGAAGAGAUUGGAAGAGGAACGGAUAGAAAGGGAGAGAUUAGCGGUGGAACGAAGGGAGAGGAAGAGAUUGGAAUUGGAGCGGAUGGAGAGAGAAAGAAUGGAGGUGGAACGAGUAGAGAGGGAGAAAUUGGAGCUGAAACGGAUAGAGAGCGAGAGAUUGGAGAUGGCAAGGUUGAUAGAGAAACGAAUGGCGAUGGAGAAGGAAAAAGAACGAAGGAAGAUUGAGGAGCAGGAGAGAGAAGAGAAAAAGCGUUUGGAGAAGAAAGAAGAAGAGACUGAAAAAAUCCGGGCGAUGGAGGCCCACAUUCGAAAUUUACGGAUGCAGCUACAGCUGCAACAGCAAGUGCGACAGGAGGACAUUACGCCAAAUGCGAAUCCGAGUGUUGAACGACACCGGUGGAGAGUUGCUGCAGGUCGAAGCCGAGCAGCCUGGUACCGCCGACGUCGUGAGAGACAGCGCAACACGCCGUACUGCCCUGAAUGUGGGAAAAAACAAUAUUAUUAUUAAAAAAAUAAAAUAUCAUUGUCAUU